UCCACUUUUUCCCUAUACUCAAAUCUCACAGUUCGAUCUUCAGAUUGAUUGCGGCGACGACUUACGUACUUACUGUAACUCUCUCUCUCUCUCCGACGAGUUCUAGGGUUUGAGUGAUUGAGAGGAGAAUUGAAAAAGCUUUUUAUCUCGAGGCAUCAUUGUUGUUGUUGUUGUUGUUGUUCAGCUACAAUCAGGCUGUGACUCAGAAGUUAAACAAUAAUGGUGGGAUUCAAAAAUAGGUUUAUGGUGAUGGAGGUUUUUCUGGAUCCUAAUAGAGAUGUUUCAGCUGUCGAUCCCAUCAUUAUUACCCAAUUUAAUGUGUCAAAAGCAAUCAAAGACAGCCUUCUUGAAAAUUUUGGAGAGUGUGGUCUAGCUUCAUCACUUCAAUCGUUUCAAGUCAAGUACGUGAAUCCAAUUACAAAGCUAUGCAUCAUCAGAGCAUCAAGGGAGGAGUACCAAAAAGUUUGGUCCGCAACAACCAUGGUCAGGAGUAUAGGAAAUUGCCCAGUGGUUUUCAACCUAUUGGAUCUUAGUGGAAGUAUGAAGGCCUGUAAAGAUGCAGCUUUGAAGUGUGAUGAGUUGAAAUUUGAGCACUACAAGCUUCUUGUGGGAGCUAGCAUUACAGCUGAAGUCAACCAGCAGAUGCAGAAUUCGCUUGAGAAGAUUAAAACUUUGGAACACUGAUUGUGUGCAUUGGUGGUGGCUUACUCUUCAGUUUGUGCUAGACUGAGAAUUUCAGGUUAAGAUUGUUAUCAAUGUUUGCCUUAUAUACAUGACUCACAUUCUUUUUUGUAAAUUUCAUCUCUUCCGAAACUA